AUAAUACAUAACAAAUUCAUGCAUUUCAAUCGGCUCGUACAGCAUGGUUUGACCACUGAGCCACAUUGCCCUGGGCGGUUUAGGUUGGGCCGUGGUUCGUUGUCCGGUCUAAAAAACAAAAGCAACAUCGGCGAACUGAUGAAAUCAUAAACCCUAAUCCAUCUCUGUUCACUUUCUUCUCCCAGUCUUCGCGCUCGUAGCUUCCAUCCAGCGAAAAUGCAGGCCAGCGAUAGGUUUAACAUCAACUCCCAGCUCGAACAUCUCCAGGCCAAGUACGUUGGCACCGGCCAUGCCGAUAUGAACAGAUUCGAGUGGGCGGUGAACAUUCAGCGAGAUAGCUAUGCUUCUUAUGUUGGCCACUACCCAAUGCUGGCUUACUUUGCUGUUGCUGAGAACGAAUCCAUUGGAAGAGAGCGCUACAACUUCAUGCAGAAAAUGCUUCUGCCUUGUGGCCUGCCACCUGAAAGAGAAGAUGAAUGAAUCUUGGUUAGAUGCCUGGAUGGAUGGAUCCCCACCUCCAAGGUUAAGAUCCAGCAGUUCCAUCAUAUGAGUGCUUGCGUGUAUGUUCAUGGGAAGAGCGACUGUCCUAUGCCAGUAAAUCGA